CAAUUUGACUGGCGACCUUUCCCCUCCGCGACAGCUACCGGAGGAGCCUCGGGCCUGAGAGGCACGGCUGGGAGUUAGAGCGAAGGCAAGAUGGCUGACGUGCUGGAUCUUCACGAGGCCGGGGGCGAGGACUUCGCCAUGGAUGAGGAUGGGGACGAGAGCAUCCACAAACUGAAAGAAAAAGCAAAGAAACGGAAAGGUCGUGGCUUUGGCUCUGAAGAGGGGUCUCGAGCGCGGAUGCGUGAGGAUUAUGACAGCGUGGAGCAGGAUGGUGAUGAACCCGGACCACAGCGCUCUGUUGAAGGUUGGAUUCUCUUUGUCACUGGAGUCCAUGAGGAAGCCACGGAAGAAGACAUCCAUGAUAAAUUUGCAGAGUAUGGGGAAAUAAAAAACAUCCAUCUCAACCUGGACAGGCGAACAGGAUAUCUGAAGGGGUAUACUCUAGUUGAGUAUGAAACAUACAAGGAGGCCCAGGCUGCUAUGGAGGGACUCAAUGGCCAGGAUUUGAUGGGACAGCCAAUCAGCGUGGACUGGUGUUUUGUUCGGGGUCCACCCAAGGGCAAGAGGAGAGGUGGCCGAAGACGCAGCAGGAGUCCAGACCGAAGGCGUCGCUGACCCAUCUUCUGUUGUUCUGGUGUUCUCUCCAGAGGUUCCAUUUGACCAUGCAGCUUUGGGGAAAUAGGGCUGGGGUGGAACUCACUGUGUUUUAUAUUUAAUCUCUUACCCUUUCCUGCUUAGUGUUUCUUUUGAGUUAUGAAUAAAUGUCCCAUUUUUGUUUUCUACAUUUAAAA